UUGUGUCGAAAGUGCUCUUGGGUUUUCUCUCGAAUCUGCCCUUGCGGAAGUGAACCCCGUAUUAACGUCACUGAAGAAGCUACGAUGGCAGCCGCCAAGGCUUCCAAGGAACAAAAAUACGACAGACAGCUUAGACUGUGGGGGGAUCAUGGCCAAGAAGCUCUGGAGAAUGCUCAUGUAUGUCUCAUUAACGCCACGGCAACUGGGACAGAGAUCCUGAAGAACCUAGUGUUACCAGGAAUUGGCGCUUUUACCAUUGUGGAUGGACACACUGUGUCUGGAGAAGAUGCUGGAAACAAUUUUUUCUUAAGUAACAACAACAUUGGAAGAAACAGAGCCCAGGCUGCCACUGAGCUGCUGCAGGAACUGAACAGUGAUGUAUCUGGUAACUUUGUGGAGGAGACUCCAGACAAGCUCCUUGACAACGAUCCAGAGUUUUUUCACAGAUUCACUAUAGUCGUUGGUGUCCAGUUGCCUGAAAGCACAUGCUUGAGACUUGGCUCAGUUCUGUGGAAUGCCUCUGUACCUUUUCUGAUCUGUAAAACGUAUGGUCUCAUAGGCUACAUGAGGCUGGUGGCACAGGAGCACACAGUGAUUGAAUCUCACCCGGACAAUGCGCUGGAGGAUCUUCGAUUGGAUCAGCCUUUUGAAGAAUUUAAGAACCACACUAAUUCCUAUGACCUUGACAGCAUGGACAAGAAGGAUCACAGUCACACUCCAUGGAUUAUAAUUGUUGCUAAAUAUCUGGAAAACUGGCUCAGUGAGCACAGUGGUCAGCUGCCCAAAAACUACAAAGAGAAGGAAGCGUUCAGACAAAUGAUUCGGGAAGGGAUCAGAAAGAAUGACAGUGGUGUUCCAGAGGACGAGGAGAACUUCGAAGAAGCUAUUAAAAAUGUCAACACUGCAUUAAAUCUAACCAAGAUUCCAAGUUCCAUUGAAAACCUCUUUAACAGUGAGCAGUGUAAUGGCAUCACAGCACAGUCAUCCCCUUUUUGGGUAAUGCUCCGAGCUGUGAAGGAGUUUGUCCACGAUGAGGGCAGAGGAAGCCUUCCUGUGCGAGGGACCAUCCCUGACAUGAUUGCAGAUUCUCAGAAGUUCAUCAACCUCCAAAAUGUCUACAGGGAAAAGGCCAUGCAGGAUGCUGCAGCAGUCUCUAAGCAUGUUGAAUGUCUACUGCGGUCUGUUGGAAAGCCUCCUGAAAGCAUCUCUGAUAAGGACAUCAAGCUGUUCUGUAAGAAUGCAUCAUUCCUGCGGGUGGUUCGCUGCAGAUCUCUGGCUGAAGAGUACAGUGUGGAUUCUGUAAAUAAAGAUGAAAUCGCUUCAUACAUGGACAACCCCGACAGUGAGAUGGUUUUCUACCUCAUGCUUCGAGCUGUUGAUCGCUUCUAUCAGCAGCACUCCCGCUACCCAGGAGUGUAUAACUAUCAGGUGGAAGAAGACAUCAACAAGCUGAAGGUGUGUGUGAACAGCCUGCUGCAGGAGUACAGUCUGAGUGUCAACAUCAAAGAUGACUACAUCCAUGAGUUCUGUCGGUACGGAGCAGCAGAGCCGCACACAGUUUCUGCAUUUUUGGGAGGAUCAGCUGCUCAGGAGGCCAUCAAGAUCAUCAGCCAUCAGUUUGUGCCCUUCAACAACACUUUUAUUUAUAACGCCAUGUCGCAGACCUCUGCAACAUUCCAACUAUGAUCCCACUCACAAACAUCUGAAAAAUACUGGACAGAUUCGGACUGUAAUAAAUCCAGCUGUUAACUGCUCCUGCGGGUUUGGAAAGAAAUCGGACAUUCGGAAACAGGAAUCUCAUCGAAGAGGAAGGAAUUCAUCCACCUCUGGAAUUUUCUUUAAACAUUUUUCUGUUCACCCUAACAUGAAAAAUAAAAAAAAAACUGUUUUUUUAAGCUGUGACUGUAAAAUAACAUAGCAGCACUUUCUAUCCUCCGUAUCGUUCUGUUUUGGAGCACCUCAUGUAAAGACGUGUACUGUUAAACUGCAAGGAUUAAUAUAAAAAAAGGUUUGAACAAUCAA